AUGUUUAGUUUUGUGAACGCAGUUCCCUCCUAUCAUGAAUGGCACUCUAACAAGCUGGAUCAUACACCGAAUGAUCAGGGUGAAUAUAUGUUUUUUGUCAAUGUCGGAUAUUAUGGCGCUAAGAUUUUCGAAUCCAAAAUUGAUAAUCUUUGUGUUGGUCAAAUUUAUGAAUUUUCCGCCUACUUAGCAAAUGUUAACAAUUGGAAAUGCGGGUGUAUACUACAUCAAGCACCUCGAGUACAUCCACAUCGACAACAUCAACAACGACCAGCACAACAACUACAGAUACUACAUCAAGCACCUCGAGUACAUCCACAUCGACAACAUCAACAACGACCAGCACAGCAACUACAGACACUACAUCAAGCACCUCGAGUACAUCCACAUCGACAACAUCAACAACGACCAGCACAACAACUACAGAGACUACAUCAACCACUUCAAGCACAUCGUCUUCAACAACAUCAACGACAGACACAACGUCUACAACGUCAACAUCUUCGAGCACUACGACAACGAAAACCACAUCAACCACGUCAACAAGCUCAUCAACGUCGACUUCGAGCUGUAAGUAUAGCUAUAUAUUGGCACGAAAUAGAGCAUGACGGAACGACAAAAAGUGGUCUCAUCAGGACGUUUUGA